AUGGGGGACCAAAAAAUUGAGUGGCCGGAACCUCUCCUCCCGAGUCCUCUACAGCCGGGUGCUUCACCAGGGCUGGCGCUGCCAUCGAUGAACGGCUGGAUCUUCACAAGCCAGCAAAGUCCACUUUCGGAUUUUUCGAAAGCAGUUGACCUAUCGGCGGAGUUUCCCUUCGGCGCGUUCAUGCGGUUGCCAAGUGAAGCAGCGUUGUGGGGCGCCACAUCGGCAGAGCAGAACCGAUCCAAUCACGAGGCCGCAACUAGGAACAUUGGCUCUCCGAUGGCCACUGGUUGGGCAUCCGUCGGCACGGAGGGUCCCGUCUCACCCGCCAACCUCAAACAACAAUUGCACGACGAGGCUGAGGCCAUUCUGUCGGACUUUAGGCAGACCUUAUCACGCUCCAUGAAUCUCCGUGAUAGCGCUGCGCGCCCUCACCCUGCCGACAGCCUCAGUAGCGCCGGGAAUAUCGAGGCUCCGCCCACUUUUACGACCGCAGUGGCUGCAAUUUGUACUGUCCAUGGUGCAACGCCGUCGAUCGCUGGAGUCUCCUUUAACAGCGAGGGAUGCCGAGCUCAGGGCUCCUUAGCGCAGCGAUGCCGGGGCUCUUGGUCUGCGGACGCUGAAGGAGUGGCAUCCGAUUCGCUGAGAUCCUCUCGUACCGUGGACUCGCCUGCGGGCUCACGCAUGAAGGGACCGCAGAGGAAGCUCAAUUGGGAGGAGGGAUCUGCUUGGCGCGUGCGGACAUACCGCAGCAGCACCCCAGGCACGAAAGAGCAUUCGACGUCCCGUUCGUUGCUGGCCAAGCGGUACAGCUUCCGGCACACACACUCUCACCGCGAAGCCAGCACGACAAAAAGCACGCCACGGGUAGUACCGAAGCGCCUCACACUGGUAUUGCCGACGGCACGUGUUUUGGCUUCCAUGCCAGUUGACACCAACUCGCAAGCGCAAUGUACAUCUGGCACAGCCGAGGACGGCAGCAUGCUGCAAAGCGAUGCUACCACCAGCGGUGUUGUGCAGCAUGGCCAGCCAGUAAUCGUGGUGCAGCAAGCGGCAACACCGCCUAACCAGGCUUUGUGGCCCCAGGGGGCUGGGCCGUGCGUCAACGCCUCUGGCUUGGACAUCGCGGCGCUGCUAGCUGACACCUCCCCUGUGGUGCCCUUCGCACACAACUCCUUUCAAACGCCAAGCAUGGGCAUGACCGCCUAUCCCCUGAGCAACAUAAUGUAUGGCUCGACCCCUUUCCAGCCUGUGGAUGACAACCACUCGGCAGGCCUUAUGGGGAAGGAAAGCCAGAUGGGCGUGGAAGCGCGAAGAACAUGCUCGGCAGGCCCCCUAUCCGCGUUAGCUGAGCAGCAGCAACAGGCUGAUGUGUUUCAUUGGAGAUCGGCAGCCUCGCCGCCUCCUGCCCAACGCAGUCCGCUGCUGCCAGAGGCGAGUGUUACGUUCGGGUGGCUGCCGGCCGGCAGUUGUGAGUCUUCCCCACCCGCAGCCAGUAGACGCUUGCUGCUGACGCCGGAGUCGGUGGCCACCUUCGGCCACGGCAGUCCUUACCAGCCCUACGAUUUAGCAAGGGGUCAUGUGCCACCAUCGGUGCACCAGCCGCGACCCUGGGCUGGUACCUGGGGCGCUGAGGGAAGCAGCUUCACAGGGCGCCCCGGGGAUAUUGCACUUCAGGGCAACGCAGAGGCGAAACAAAGGGCUGAGAAUGCGGUUCAGCGUGCCGGUCCUGUGGUGGAGCAGCACAGCCCGAUUGGCUCGGCGGCUGCCAGUGCCGAGCAGGAAGUGGGCAUAGGGAUGCUGGACGGCGUCUGCAGCUGGGAGCAAGGGUUGCCUGACCCCUUGGUGCAACAGCCCACAUCACAGCUGUUGUCUCCGGGUCGCGAAGAUGCGUAUGUUUCUCGUCAGCGGUCACAAGCUGGGAUGCCUUGGCAGGCCGGGUCCCUGGCCAUGCAUGCAAAGGAAGGUCGCGACGUCUCGCUUGGCCAUCACAGCAUAGGGAAGAUUGGUGCUUGCAGCCUGGCUAGCCAGCAAAUGCUGGUCACCGACGCCGCUGCAGCACCAACCGUUUGUGCAGGGGGCCGUGGCUGGUCGUCCUUCAUAAGCGGCAAAGCAUUACGGUACGAUCCUAACGGGUACCGCAGCACCUGCAGCAGCACGGAGCUGGGUGGUGCCGAUGCUGAGUUGUCAGGGCGAAGUGACGUGACACCGCGCGCUGAUGGCGACAUCAAGGUUCAGCCCUGGCAGAUCCAGGAAAAUCCUGCCUUUGAGGAGGACUUAGAUGCGGAUGCCACGGAUAUUUCCUCCCAGCUGGGUUUCAAUACCAACCAAAACCAGCUGGGCCCUUUGACAGCCAGUUCGCCUUGGGCUGCUGCUGCUGGAGUCCUUGGCGACUUUAGCUUUCCAGGCGAGGACGGCCGUGACUUAGAGAGAGACGUUGGCCAUGUCAUGCACAGAACACCCGCGGGCACCCACAUGGGCCGCUUAGGUGUUGCUGGAUCAGUAUUGCGCCCGUUCUGGGCCGGAGCUGUCGCUUCACCGGAUGCCACCCCUUCGCGUGCCUUCGUUCUUCCGGAAGGUGCCCGUGCGGAUGACGUGGGUACCACUGAGGACAGCAGCAGUGACAGCUCAGACAGCGACAGUCCGCGCACAACCGCACUUAACCGGGCGCUGGCCUCUGCCGGGCUUGGGUUGGGCACAGGUUCCAAACUGUAUGGCAUGCCGAGACGUCAUGGCCCUCUGCUCGAUGGGGUGAUGAGCAAUGCCGUUGUAGAUGAUGACGUAGUCGAUGACCGGCGGGACACGGCCACCAGCCGCGCGAUGGGAAGCCAAAGCCCGGCCGGCGCUGGCAUGGCGUCCGGCAGCAGGGCCGCCCUUUCGAGCGGCAUGGGUGCGGAGGACCAGUCUUUGAUUCAGGAGCUCGAGCACGCUCAGACGUUGCUCCUGCAGCUACUCGCAGCCGCGAACGAAGCCCCCUGGCCGACCCCACCGCCACCGCCCUCUCCAGUGCGUGAGCUCACCCCUGUGGAGAGGGCCGCAGCCGCACGAGCACAGGCGGAUGGAGCCAUGGAUCCUGUGGCAACAGCAACAGUCCGCAGUUGUGAAAGCCACGUUGAUUACGAAGAGCAGGGAACUUUGCAAGUCUCUGCUUGCAGCAGCAUGAGCAACGGCGUUGGCAACCCGCUGGUUGUGCAGGCGGCCUCAGCGGCCAUGGGUAAGGCGCUGGCGCGUCUGAGCAAGCUCUCUCGCGACAACAAGGAUCUUCAACGAGUGAGCGAGCAGCUGCGGGCAGAGCUUUCGCAGUCCAGCUCGAAGAACGUGGAGCUACAGACGCGAAGCAAGAUGCUGCAAGCUAUGCUGUUGGAGAGUGGUCGUCAGGCUGACAAGAAGGCCCAGUCACACCAGCGGUGCUGUCAGCGCCUGGAAGCCCACCUCAACUCCUCACUACAGCGCAUACGUGACCUGGAGCGCUACAAUACACAGCUCAGCCUGGAGGGCAGGCAAAUCGCACGCCAGAUGCAGCUGGCUCAGAUCCAGGUUGCUGAGUCAGAUCAGGUCACGGCUGCGCUGCGAGAAAAGGUGGCCUUGCUAGAGCGUCAGCUGGCUGCAGUGUGCACCUGGAAGGGGCCAAAGUUGGAGUCGAAGGAGCACCACCUCGACCCAGUUAGCACCGGCGCAGGGCAUGGUGCUGUGGAGGUAGCAGCAGGGGAGCCACGGUGGCAAGAUGACGCAGUGGCGGAGCAGCUAAGUUUGCUACACGAUGCCGCGGACUCGCGGUGUUGCAAGGGCAAGGCAGCAAAUGCGGCCGAGGCAGGACGUCACCCAUCCACACCUGCUGAGAUGCGAGUCCAGGAGAUAGAAGGAUUUCAGUUUCCGCAAGCCCAGGGAAAACGGGUGCUGUUAUUGGAGGAGCAAUUGCAAGCGGCACAGAAUGAAUUGGGUCGUCUUCAGGCAGCAGCGGACGCUGCAGCGGAGCACGAGCAGCAUUUACAGGCAGAGCUGCAAGCCGCGCGAGUGGCGAUGGCGGAGUUGGCGGCAGAGCGCGCUGCCGCACGCGCAGAAGUUUUACGUAGGGAGGACAAUGCGCAGAAGGUGUCUCUGGCUGUGCAGGAAGCUCGCGGCGCUGCAGAGCUGGCGGCUGUGAACUGUGCACGGGUGGCUGCUGAGGCGCUAGAAGCCGAGCAGCAGCAUGAGGCUGCAAUUGCGGAAGCAGAAACGAAGGCGGCUGAGCUGCGGCAGCAGCUGGACGCCGCAGCAUGGGAACUGCAGCAAAUGGCAAGCCAGGCCGCCACGGCAAUGCAGCGUGCCGAGGCUGCGGAGAUACGGGAGCAUGCGCUGCAGGAACAACUUCAGGGCGCACUAGCGAAGGUGGACAGGAUGCAGGAAGAGCUGGACGAGGCACGCAAAUCGCUUGAGGAAGUAGUCGCUGUGAAAGAGGAGGCGGCGCGCAAUGCUGCGGCUGUCUCGGAUCUGGAGAUGGCCCUUGUGACCGAGUCAACGCAUGUUCUUGAGCUUACUCAGCGCAGCGAGCAAGUGGAGGCAGCCCACCGGGACGAGGUGCAGCAGCUGCGCUCACAGUUAGAGGCUGCACGUGACCGCCAGCAGCUUACAGAUACGGAGCGCGCCGAGCUGCAAGCCGCACAUCUUGCUGCUAGGGGAAUGCUCGAGCAGCUGUCCGUGCAGCUUGCCGCUGCCCGUAGUGAGGUGGAGUCCAUUGAGCAGGAACGGGAUCACCUUCAAUCAGAGCGCGAUCGUCUGGUCGAGGAAGCCAACAAGGAGGCGGCCAGGCUGGCAGAUGCACGCGAGGAGGCCUCAUCACUUCAGGAAUCCAUUGAUGAGAUGCAGGCUGGUCAGCAGCAGCUGCAGGCGGACCUGAAGGCCGCAGAGAGUGCGCUGCGAGGUGCGAUGGAGCGUUUGGCUGAAGUGCAGGCCUUCCGGACGUCAAUGGAGGCCGAGCUGGAACAGCUCCGCAGAGAGCUUUCAUUGGCGCGUGACACCGCUGAGGAGGUAACCUUAAGACUGCAGGCUGCGGAGUGCGACAAGUCAGCACUGGCGGAGCGGGUCCGGCACCUGCGGCAGGAUUUGGAUGAGCAGGGAACCCUGAUGCGCGAUGCGGAAGCUAGGUCUUCCAUGGCAGAGACUGCCCUCGAGGAGGUCCGGGAUGAGCACCAGCUGCUGCGGAAUAACCUGGACAGCCUGGCAGAUGACCUAGCCACCGUACAGGCAACCCUGCGUGAGCGAGAGGCACAGCUGCAGGCCGCUGAGGAGGAGCUGCUAGCUGCUAAGGAGAAGCUGCAGGCCGAAGCAGUGAGUCAAUCGCGGGCGUUGGCGGAGGCUCAAGCGCGCGGCGCGGAGGCAGAAGCACGGGCGGAGGCCGCGGCAGUGGCAUGUGCAGCUGCAGAGGCGGCGGUGGAGAUGGAGCGCAGUAAGGUAGCGGAUUUGGAGGGAGAGAUGCAGGUGGCCACAAGGAAGAUGGUAGAGCUGCAGAAGCUGGCGGAGGCCAAUACUUGCGCCACAGCAGCUGCCUCCACGGCCGGUGCCGCCGAAGACGAGAGUACCCAGCGGCGGCUACUCUGCAGUGCAGCAGACGUGGUGGCCUCGUGUCUGGCAAUACAUGAGGUUGCGGUGGAGAUGGCAUCGCCACGGCCGGUGCCAGUCUCGGGGCCUGCUGAGCAAAGGCCAUCUUACAGUGUUACCCCGAACCGCUGGAGCUCCCGCAGUAGCCAUGGCGGCGGCGUUGCCUCACAGGCAGGGUCUGAGUCUGAGUCAUCAAGCCCGAGCCUUCAGCUGGCCGCCCAGGUCGUCGCUGCCUCAGCUGAGCUUGCUGACCUCCAGCGCCGCCACCAGGACGCUGAGGAGCUCAUUGGGAGGCUGCGGCAGGACUUGGAGAGCCAAUGCAGCAAGUGCGCAGGUCUGGAGGCAAAGCUACUGGACCGCGAGGUCGACCUGGCAGCUGCACGCCGAGCGCAUGAGGACGCGCUGCUUGAACUGCACCACAUGCGGCGCUUGGAACGCCAGCCUGAGGCGCCGAGGCCAGCGGCGGCUGCUCCGCCGGGCCGGCUGCUCCCGUGCCCUGUCCCUGGCACCACCCCCAAAGCCUGGCGGCAGCAGCAGGAGCAGCAAGUUACUGCUUCGGCCGUGUUUUCCUCGUCCGCCUGGUCUCCCAGUUCCUCCAUGUUUGUGGAGCGUUGCAGCAUGGUGUUGCCGCUGAGUCCGACGCGAUCAUUUUUGCGUGACUCAAUCGCCACCGCCUCCCUGCUUGAUGAAGGCCGCCGCCUGUCACUGCUCCGUGGCGGCUCGUUGCGGGGAAACAACAAAUUCCUUGGCACUUCGCAGGACUUCCGCGGCAGUAUUGAUGGCGCAGGCGCGCUCGCAGCAUCCGCCACGCCCAUUAGCCUGUGGGUUGAGCCCGGGUCCGCCGGACCUCCCCUCACUAUCGGAACAGUGGCAACCCCUCUGGAAAGCGCCGACUGCACACCGAGGGACCCUCUACCCAGGGCCCAUGAACGGUACUAUCGCGGCCACGAAGGCGGCGCCGGUGCCACCGCUGCAGUCACGAACCUGCAGAACAGCUCAGCGCACUCACCCGGGAUCUCCAUAUCGCUUCGGGCGCGCGGUAAUGACUAUGCCCUGAAAGGAGACAGUUCGCCGGAAGUCCAAGGCUUUGAGCCGCUGAGAGCGUCACAAGCACAUAACGGGGAUGGGCUUCAUGCGUCAUACAACAGCUUGGUGAUGGGUGGCGUUGCAUUCGGCGCUGGGACUGGGUGCGACUCCCCGACUGCUGGUGGCAUGGGCCUACUGGGCGCCGGUACGGGCAGCGGCGGCUCGAGGGGCCUGCAGCUGACCGUGCAGCUGUUGGAGCUGCGAUACGCGGUACAGAAAGUGGAACAGGCAGCGGGAGAGCUGGCAGGGGUGUUGCUGGCGAAGGGCCAAGUAGCAGCGUUAAACACGACCAUCUUGUCAACUCCUGUGAAGACGAGCUCUCUUGACUCGGCUCGCGGCUGCGGCGGCCGCCGGCAAUUGACAGCCAAUCUCAGCGACGCCGCCGCGGAGGCUGCCGUGCAGGAGCGGGCCUGGUUAGCCGACAGCCUGGCCAACCUCACCGGUCGCGCUGGGUCGGUGGCCCAGCAGCUGGACUGCUGCCUGGAUGCGGCCCUGGUUAUCUGCAGCACAGGAUCUGCAACGGCAAAGGCAGAUGAGCAGCGUGUGGCGGGAUCGGGCUUCGCUGCUGAGUUCCAGCCCUUCCUAUCACCUCUGGCCGUCCGUGUCUUGGAGGCUGAGCUCGCGGAUCUGCGGACGCAGUUUGAGCAGGCGCAGCAGCAGGCAGACCAGGCGCUACAGUUGCAGCACGCGCAGCACGUGGAGGAGUGCGCUGCGCUGAUUGCCGACGCCAACCAGUACCGGGACCUGGCGCAACGGAUGAAGGAGCAACUCGAGGUUCUGGACCGGGACAGACAGAUGGACCGCAACAUGUUCAUAGAGCAGGUGAAGGAAGCACAGCUCCAGGUGGAGUCGCAGCACCGCGUCAAUAUGCAGCUGGCGGAGCAGUGCAGCGAGCAGGAGGUCCUCAUUGCGGAGAAGGAGGCAAUCAACGCGGAGCUUCGGCAACAACUGGACCGGGCGACCACGACUGCAGCGGCGGCAGCCACCGCCGCCGCUGCCGUGGUGAGCCACCAGGAGCGACAGCGCGGCUACCUAAGCAGCAGCCACAGCGCCGGGCCCGACGGCUACCGCAGCCACGGCCAAGCGCACAGCUACGGAGGCCCCCAUGGCCAAACACCGGCAAGUCAUGUGUAUGGCAACCCCUGGCCCUCGGCCGGUGCAGGUCAGCAAUGGGAGGGACCUGCAGCCCAUGGUCUACACGAUGGUGGCCAGUCCACGUACCGGGAAUCCCACGCCAGCACUUCGUCCAUUGGGGAGGCGUGCCCCACGACGGAUCGCGACGGCGGUGGCGGUGAUCUUUGCGGAAAUAGCGUUGACAGUUGCGGUGGCUGCGGUGGUGGUUGCUACAAUAAAGGUACGGCAGCUGCGGGACCAUCAGCUGGCUGGCCGGCCAGCUCGGCCAUGAGCUCUGGCCUUGCGCCGGGCCACAUGCCACCGCCAACAGCGACGCCGAACAGCGCGGGCGUACAGGGCCUUCGCCUGGAACUUCUUCACGCGGAGUUUUCUCGUCCUCUGAACAGCAACAGCCGAUGCAUCCACCUUGAGGGGGCUGGCAUCCGCAGCGGCGAUCAUCCCAGCACGACCGGGUGGUCCGUGGGCGUGGAGCAGGAAGGGGUGGACAGCCGCCGCCGGGGUAGCAGUUGUGCGGUACAGCCCGACGGCAGCGCAGGGACAUUUAGUGAAGAUGAGGCUCGGCUGUGGGCUGAGAUGCUGCAGCUGCUUAAGGUCGGUGAAGGCGGAAGCAGCAGUGCCGGCGGUGCUGGGAAUGGAAGCCGCAGCCGUGGUGCCAGUACAGGUGGCAGCCGCCGCCACACGGCUGAUGGCAAUAGCGCGUCGGUGCCGCGAGUGCUGGCACUGACGUCGUCUGGUGAAGCGGGUGGUAUGCAGCUGGCGCAGGUGCCGCUUACCGCCCGCAGCGAAGGCGAGUUGCACUCGAUGGCGAUGGCAGCCGCCGGGUCAUCGCACUGGCGUGCGGAGAUGUUGGCGCGCGCGGUUUCAUACAUGUCGCUGCUGAGCGCACAAAAUCGCAAACUGGCGAAGCUAUUAAGGGGAGUGGCGGCAGGUCGCACUGCAGCGGCGGCGGCGGCGCCUCCGGCGGCUGCCGCAGGUGGCGGAAUGGAUAGCCUAGCAGCGCGGUUGGAAGCUCUACAGAAAGAAAAUGCGGAGCUACGGGAUAAGUACCAAGCGGCGCAGAUGGCGCAAAAGACGAGCGCACAGGCGAUGCGGACUAUGGGGAAUGAGAACCGGCAGUUGCACAGCAAGCUCAUGGAGCUGAUUGGCGCACAGACGGUGGCCAUGCAGUCUAAGGCACCAUUCGAAGUGCACGUCAGCUCCCUAGCCAACGGCAGUAGCUGCAGCAACCACCAGCGAGCCACAGGUCGCGAAUCAUUUCGCCAAUCAUGUGACAACCCCACUCACAUCAACAGGAUACGCUACAGGGACUGCGCAUUCCUGCCGAUGCACCGUUUCCGCAUUGCUCAUGCAGUGGCGUUGUCCUCAGCCCUCUUUUAA